AUGUGGGUGUGUUGCGGUGGGGUGCUGCGGGUGUUAUUGUUGGUGCAGGCGGCGUGGCGGGUGUCGGUGGGUCAGGUGCGGUACUCGGUGUCGGAGGAAGCCAAGGUCGGGACGGUGGUGGGGCGUGUGGCGCAGGACCUGGGCCUGGAGGCGGGCGAUGCGGAGGCGCGGCGGCUGCGUCUGGUGGCGCAGGGCCGGCGGGCGAGCGUGGAGGUGAGCGGGGCGAGCGGGGCGCUGGUGGUGAGCUCGCGGCUGGACCGGGAGGAGCUGUGCGGGAAGAGCGCGCCGUGCGCCCUGCGGCUGGAGGUGCUGGUGGAGCGGCCGCUGCGCGUCUUCCACGUGGAGCUGGAGGUCACCGACAUCAACGACAACGCCCCGGUCUUCCCCGUCGCCAGAAAAAACCUCAGCAUCGCGGAAUUAACCACGGUGCCCGGUUCCCGUUUCCCGCUGGAGGGCGCGUCGGAUGCAGAUAUCGGAUCUAACGCGCAGCUCUCCUACACGCUCAGCCCCACCGAGCACUUCGCCUUGGAUGUACAGCGGAGUGAGGAAUACCGAGAAUCCCUUUUUCUUGUGCUUACAAAACCCUUGGACCGAGAGACGGUUCCGGUGCACCGCCUGGUUGUGACGGCGAGUGACGGGGGCCGUCCGUCUCUGACGGGCACGAUGGAGCUGGUGAUCUCGGUGCUGGACGCCAACGACAACGCGCCCCAGUUCAACCAGUCCGUGUAUAAAGUGCAGCUGCCCGAGAACGCUGCAGAGGGGACACUGGUGACACGGGUGAACGCCACGGAUCCGGACGUUGGAAGCAAUGCCGACAUGACGUUCAGUGCGAGUAACUCAUAUCCCGCAAAAGGAUUAAACCUGUUCAGUUUAAAUCCGAAAACGGGUGAGAUCCGUCUGACGGGCGGCCUGGACUUUGAAGACGUCCGUUCAUACGAGAUACAAGUCGAGGCCACGGAUAAGGGGACCCCUCCGCUGUCGGGUCACUGCAAAGUGGUGGUGGAGGUGCUGGACGUGAACGACAACGCGCCCGAGGUGCGGGUGACGUCGCUGUCGGUGCCGGUGUCGGAGGAUGCGUCGGUGGGGACGGUGGUGGCCCUGCUGAGCGUGUGGGACGGUGACUCGGGGGCGAACGGUCGGGUGCGGUGCUGGGUGCGUCCGUCGUCGCCGUUCGGUCUGGUGUCGAGGUUGUCGGGGUCGUACUCGCUGGUGGUGCGUGAGGCGCUGGACCGCGAGCGGGUGUCGGAGUACGAGGUGGAGGUGUUGGCGGAGGACGGCGGGUCGCCGUCGCUGUCGGGGAGGCGCGGGGUGCGUGUGCCGGUGUCGGACGUGAACGACAACGCGCCGAGUUUCUCGCAGGCGGUGUACACGGUGCUGACGCGGGAGAACAACGCGGCGGGCGCGGAGCUGGGUCGCGUGUGGGCGCGUGACCCGGACGAGGCGGGGAACGGUCGCGUGAGGUACUCGUUGUCGGAGGCGGUGGUCGGGGGGUGGCGGUCGGCGUCGAGCUACGUGUCGGUGGACGCGGAGAGCGGUCGCGUGUGGGCGGUGCAGGCGCUGGACUACGAGGAGGUGCAGGUGCUGGAGUUCGAGGUGCGGGCGGUGGACGCGGGGGAGCCGCCGCUGAGCGGCAACGCGACGGUGCAGGUGUUCGUGGUGGACGAGAACGACAACGCGCCGUCGCUGCUGCCGGCUGCGGGCGGCGGGGCGGGUGUGGAGGCGGGCGGGGGAGCGGGUGGGUCCUUGGGAGGCGUGGUCUGUGAGGGUUCGUCGGGCGCGGUUCCGCCUUUGUGGGCGUGGGCGUCGUGGGGUUCUCCGGCGGGGCAGGUGGUGGCGAAGGUGCGUGCGGUGGACGCGGACUCGGGGUACAACGCGUGGCUGCGGUACGAGCUGUGGGAGCCGCGGGGGAAGGUGCCGUUCCGCGUGGGUCUGUACAGCGGCGAGGUGAGGACGACGCGGGCGCUGGAGGAGGCGGACGGCCCGCGUCAGAGGCUGGUGAUCGUGGUGCGGGACCACGGGGAGCCGCCGCGCUCGGUGACGGCCACGCUGAGCGUGUCGCUGGUGGAGGGCGCGGAGGCGGCGGCGGUGGCCGCGGGGUCGUCGGGUCCGCGGACGCCGUCAGUGGCAGAGGAGGUUUCGUUGUUGUCGCCGUCGUCGAGGAACGUGUGGCUGGUGGUGGCCAUCUGCGCGGUGUCGAGCCUGUUGGUGCUGGCGGUGGUGCUGUACGUGGCGUCGCGGUGGUCGGCGCGGGCGGGCGUGGUGUCGGGGCCCGGUCCGACGACGCUGGUGUGCGCCAGCGAAGUGGGGAGCUGGUCGUACUCGCAGCGGCAGAGCCGGAGCCUGUGCGUGGCGGAGGGCGCGGGCAAGAGCGAUCUGAUGGUUUUCAGCCCCAACUUCCCGCCGCCGCCCGGCGCCGCGGCGAAGGAGACGCAGCCGGAGCCGCCCGCUCUGCUGGACACGCCAAAGCACCCCAAUCCUGACUGGCGUUACUCUGCAUCCCUGAGGGCAGGAAUGCAAAGUGCUGUCCACAUGGAGGAGGCAGGAGUUCUGCGUGGGGGACCAGGGGGACCUGAUCAGCAGUGGCCCACAGUCUCCAGUGCCACCACAGAACCCGAGGCAGGAGAGGUGUCCCCCCCAGUGGGAGCUGGAGUGAACAGCAACAGCUGGACCUUUAAAUUUGGACCGGGCAAUUCCAAACAAGGUGGUCCUGGUGAGUUGCCAGACAAAUUCAUUAUCCCAGGAUCUCCUGCAAUCAUCUCCAUCCGGCAGGAGCCACCCAACAGCCAAAUUGACAAAAGUGACUUCAUAACCUUUGGCAAGAAGGAAGAGACCAAGAAAAAGAAGAAAAAGAAGAAGGGAAACAAGACUCAGGAGAAAAAAGAAAAGGGCAACAGCACCACUGAGAACAGUGACCAGUGA